GUGAGGACAAGUGGGGCGAAGAAUAUAAAGUCGACAUGUUGCGCACACUCUUACCUUUAGCCCUGAAACAAUCAUCUUGUAAGUCUGCAAAAAGUUGUCAGCAAUGAAGACAAUUUUAAUAUUUUUGGUUGUACUUGCUGUUGUAAGUGCAAAACCUACCAGCAAUAAAGAUAAACGUGGUUUGUUGAACUUGGGAUAUGGGUACCAUGGAGGAUACCUUGAUCUUGGACAUUCUACUCAUACCCAUACAACAAUAACAAAGAAAAUUGGUGUUCCUGUAGCUGCGCCGUACCCCGUUCAUGUUGAUAACCCUGUUCCGGUACCAUAUGCUGUGAAAGUAGCCGUACCAGUUGACAGACCAUACCCUGUUCAUGUCCCAGCACCAUACCCUGUACCAGUAGAUAAACCUGUACCUGUAGUGGUAGAGAAACACGUUCCAUACCCAGUUGCACAACCUGUGGGUGUUCCUGUUGUUCAGAAGGUACCCGUUCCGGUGUUAGCUCCCUACGCGGUACCUGUCAUUAAUAAGGUACCGGUAGUCGUUCACGAACCAGUAGUCACCAAAUACCACACUUGGUAAGGUAAUAAACACCUUGUUAAAAAUAACGGUAGCAUUUUAACGCAUUUUUAAACAAUAAGGAAACAAAAUGAUAUGUAUAUUAGUCUAGAUUUAAUUAAAAUUAACGAUCUGUUUGUUAUUGAUAAUUAUGCAGGUGAAUUUAAAUAAAUUUAAUGUAUUUUUUUAUCAAUGAAA